CGGACUGUUUUUAUUUAUUUCUUUGUUUCAUGUGCAUAAAACAACAACAAUGGUGGAUAAUUGAAGAAGUGUGAAUAUUAUGAUGAGCGAAUGACAUUUCCGCUUCCAGUUACCAGACCGAUAUCACAAGUGAAUCAACAGGGGGAGGAUGAAGCGGCGCAAUGCGGACUGCAGCAAACUCCGACGGCCGUUAAAACGGAACCGAAUCACCGAGGGUAUAUAUAGCAGUACCUUCCUGUACCUGAAGUUCCUGGUAGUGUGGGUUUUAGUUCUGCUGGCCGACUUUGUUCUGGAGUUCAGGUUCGAGUACCUGUGGCCUUUCUGGCUUUUCAUACGAAGUGUCUACGACUCCUUCAGAUAUCAGGGACUGGCGUUCUCUGUGUUCUUUGUAUGUGUGGCGUUUACGUCAGACAUCAUCUGCCUCCUCUUCAUCCCUGUCCAAUGGCUGUUUUUCGCUGCCAGCACCUACGUAUGGGUCCAGUAUGUCUGGCACACAGAAAGAGGAGUCUGUCUACCCACUGUAUCGCUGUGGAUCCUGUUUGUGUACAUCGAAGCGGCCAUACGGUUCAAAGAUCUGAAGAACUUUCACGUAGACCUGUGUCGACCCUUUGCUGCUCACUGUAUCGGCUAUCCAGUGGUGACUCUGGGCUUCGGCUUUAAGAGCUACGUUAGCUACAAGAUGCGGCUGAGGAAACAGAAGGAAGUGCAGAAGGAGAACGAAUUCUACAUGCAGCUCCUACUGCAGGCUUUACCGCCAGAGCAACAGAUGCUGCAGAGACAGGAGAGGGAGGCAGAGGAGGCUGCUUUAGCGAAAGGGAUCUCCGAGGUAGAACCCGCAGUUAUAGCCCAAAACGGAGCACCUCCUGGAAAGAAAAGCACUUCAGUCCCGCUACCAGAACUGGAGUACCGGGAAAAAGGGAAGGACAGUACUAUUAAAGAGCGCGAGGGCAAAAAACAAAACACAAUCGGAAUCAAUAACAACAGUAUUAUACACACACUGGACUCCAAACUACAGGAGACAGAGUACAUAGAGAACUACGUCGGCGCAAAGAGACUGAAUAACGAGCUGGCAGGAGAGAACACACACGCCGAUGCCACCACCAACACACACUCCGCUUCUAAAGAGGAAAUUGGGGGGACAGGGAAGAACUACAAAAAUGGCAGCGGAGGUGGGGGUAACCUUUCCAACUCGUCUCCACGGAAUCACAGUUCUUCAAAUGGCAGCGUGCCGCCAGGUCCCUCAAGCAAUAAGAACGAGAAGAAGCAGAAGGGGGCAGGGAGGGGGCAGAAGGACCCAGCGGAGAACUGCAUCCCCAACAACCAGCUGGGCAAGCCGGACGCUCUCGUACGGCUGGAGCAGGACGUAAAGCGACUGAAGGCAGAUCUUCAGGCCAACAGGCAGUUGGAGUCGGAGCUGCGGAGUCAGCUUUCCUCUCUGAGCAGCCAGGACCGCAGCCUACGCUCUGAACUGGGCCAGCUCCGCCAGGACAACGAGCUGCUACAGAACAAGCUCCACAGUGCCGUCCAGGCCAAGCAGAAGGAUAAGCAGACCAUCUCCCAGCUGGAGAAGAGGAUAAAGGCCGAGCAGGAGGCUCGCUCGCUGGCUGAGAAACAGCUGGCCGAGGAGAGGAAGAGGAAGAAGAUGGAGGAGGCCACUGCUGCCAGAGCCGUAGCAUUAGCUGCUGCCACCAGAGUGGAGUCGACGGACUCUCUGCGUGGUCGCAUCAGAGAGCUGGAGACGGAGUGUAAGAAGCUCAGCAUGGACAUGAAACUUAAGGAGGAGCAGAUUAGGGAUCUAGAGGGCAAGUGUCAGGAGCUGCGGAAGUACAAAGAGAAUGAGAAGGACACCGAGGUGUUGAUGUCCGCGCUGUCGGCCAUGCAGGAGAAGACCCAGCACCUGGAGAACAGCCUGAGUGCCGAGACCAGGAUCAAACUUGACCUCUUCUCUGCUCUGGGGGAUGCCAAGAGGCAGCUGGAGAUAGCACAAGGCCAGAUCCACCAGAGGGAGCAGGAGAUCGCCGAGCUGAAGCAGAAGAUAGCCGAGGUGAUGGCGGUGAUGCCCAGCCUGUCCUACUCAUCAGACGGCAGCAACCUCAGCCCCGUCGCCCCGCACUACUCCUCCAAGUUCAUGGACAAUAGUCCCUCCUCCCUGGACCCCAACGCCUCCGUCUACCAGCCCCUCAAAAAGUGACUCUGAUACCUACACUUUUUGUCAGACAGAACUUUGUUUCUCGCUUUCCUUUGGUGAAGCUCUCGGUUCCAGUUUGGGUUUAUUUUUUUUUAGUUUACCAGCCCCCGCCCGACACUCCAAUGUACGACACACACACACACACACACACACACACACACACACACACACAGUGCACACAACCCCUCCCUACAUAAUGUGUAUUUGGCUCUCUUUUUUUUGGUUCUAUUAUGAGAACUAUUCUUUUCAGAGGGUUGUGUACAGUAUGACUUUUUUUUUUUGUGUGUGUGUGUGUUGAGUUUUGGGAUUUAGCCAUUAGACAGCGUGAUCUGCUUGAACGGGGAGAAAGGAACACAAAAUCCUGUUGGCCAAGAGCCGCCAUCCAUCGCUUCAUGUCCGUCUUCUUUUGGUGUCAGUAUAACACCCCCCCCCCCCCCAGAGCCAUAUCUUCUUCUAUAGUGAACUAACACACAGACGUUUUCAUUUAAAAACAAUUGGCUUUUCCCGAGGGUUAAGACCGAAGACUGCUCAGUUUGAGGCUGAAAAUCACCUGUAAAGUAAAGCCCACUGAGAGAUACAUGAAUGUAAAACUAUUCAUGUUUUUAUCUUAAAAUCAGUGUUCGUUUGUUUUGCAGUGUUUCAGUUCAGUUAUGAGAAUGUACGUUUUCUUCUAAAAUAGAUAGAUAUUGAACAGAUAAAUUGCUGUGUUCUUCAGAUACUCCCAAUACAAUGUAUCCUCGAAAUGCUGGAAUAGCAAAGUCUCCAGGAUUAUCAGUCAGUGGAUGAAGCAGAUGUAGUUCUGUCCUAAUAAUAAUAAAAACAAUAUAUAUAUAUAUAUAUAAAAAAUGCUACUGCUAGAUUUGACCUGGCACUGCCAAAAUGUUAACGCUCACCUGUUUGCUGCAGACACCUUUUCCUCUCCCUCUGGACCAAAUUAGAACGCGUUAGGCCAUAUCGUUCGCUGGAUUUAUUGAUGUCGAGGUAACUAACUGGUCGUUACCAUUAUUUGCAGAUUUUACAGUGCCUUGCAGUUUUUUCUUUUUCAACAUGCAGAAACAAUCCUGCCAUCCUGGGAUUGAAACGCAUCAAGCUUCAAAGCUGUGUCUCAUGCAGCCUGGAGUUCAUUCAAGAAUUCUCACAGUAUUCAAAAAUUAAGUGUCACCUCAGACGCGUUUUUUCUUUUCUUUUCUUUUUUUUUUUAACAAGUCGAUCGCAAUGUUACAGGCUUAAAAGGGAAAACGUAACACUGGACAUUGUACACACGUCAUUUCACAGUGACACAGUCUUGGUACGCCAAACACCAACCAAACUGAUUGUCUAUUAUCAUGCCCUAGAGUUGGCAUUUAGUUGUUUACAACAAAUGUACAUUAACUUACUGAGGAAUGUUUUCUUUGUUUUAUUUCAUUUCAGUUUCUUAAGUGCCGCAUGUUUGGUGUGCGGUCUCUCCAUCCAUACUUUGAUCGAUGUAGCUAGCCUAAUGUUUGCAGACGAGUGCUGUUCUUUCUUUUGUCAUUGGAAACUAUUGGAAUGGUGUUGUGUUUACAAGGUUCUAGGCUGAUCAUGGUGAAGCAGCAAGGCGGUCAGUUGGACUAAUUGUGUUAGUCACACAUUUAUUUAUUUCUUACAGACUUUUUAUUUUAUUUUUAUUUUUUUAUUGAGUGGCACCUCCUUGAUAUUUCCCAUCAUAUUCAGUUGAUUUCCUAUAUUUUCUGCCAGGAAGGAUUCUGUGAAUGUGUUGUGUUGGGGGGGAAAAGGUAACCCCCCGUAAAACCAUUUGACCAUGUUGUGCUGUCAUGUUGCCUACCUGGAAGAAAACAAAAGAAAAAAAAAGUAUUGUUUGUGGAUCGCUCUGGUGUUGUGAAUUCAGUUCUCAAGUUGCUUUUAUAAGUUUGUGUAGAAGGAAGAGAAGGUAAAAAAAAAUUAAAAAAAAUUGCUUUGUUUAAACUUUUCAUUGCUCCACCAUGUUUGUUUUCUUUACUCCAAGUGAUGGUGGCUGUGUCACACUUUUCACUUUGGCCAUCACUAUUAAAGAAAGUCUUGCUGGUGGCAAUGCAAGCUGUUCAAUCUU